AUGAAUAGAAAUAUUCGAAAACGACAAUUAAAUAUGAACUUGAGUGUUUUACCAACAUUUACGCCACUCAGUCCAUAUAAAAUCUAUCAUAUAAAUCAAUCAACAUCUACGAUUUUACUACAAGAUUUAAUCACAUUAGCUAGAAAAACAACUAAAUUUACUAUUGAUACAGAAAGUGAUUACUAUACACAUGAACCAGCAUUGAUUCAAAUUGAAUUUAUACAUCCUCAAUCAAUUGUAUUAUUGAUUGAAACAUGUCAUCUACCUCAUGAAUUAUCAGUAUUAUUUUGGAUGAUACGGUCACUUAUGAACAUAAUCUUCAAUACAUCAAAUGUCAUUUUAUCCUGGGGUGACACGAAGAAAGAACUAGAAAAUUUCAUUUCUUGUAAACUGAUCUCAUUUACACUGAUUCAACAAAUAAAUGAUAUUGAUGUACAAGGCUACUUCAAGGAUUGGCAUGAUAAUUUACUAGAAAAUGACUAUGAUCAUUUGUCAUUCGACAACAAGGAUACAUUAUGUUCAUAUUCACGUAAAUCUUUGGAAGAUAUGAAUCAUAAAUGGUCACUGCAAAUGGCCAUUGCUUAUGUAUUUCGAGAAUUUCUCGAUAAAACUCGAACACAAAGUAGUUGGAGUCGAUCUCUGGGUCUAUCAACAGGGACAAAGUCUUUCAUUUCUAAUUUGAAACAAAAGACAAUAGUAAAUCAAAUGAUUCAAUAUGCUGUGAAUGACUGCUUAGCAGUGACAAAACUAGUAAAAUUACUAGAUUUGACUUAG